GUACUGUUAUAGUUGAACAUCUGCCAGAAAUAACAAUGAUUGGCAUAAACAGGCCAGAAAAAAGAAACUGUGUCAAUUCUUCAACAGCAGCAGCUCUUCUGCAAGCUUUUCAAGACUUUGAUAAGGAUGACUCUUCAAAAGUUGCUGUGCUGUAUGGAGUUGGAGGCAACUUUUGUGCUGGCUUUGACUUGAAGGAACUAAGUGAUAAGCCUCCUGAGUCACUUGCUUCCAGUGAUCGAGGACCUAUGGGUCCAUCACGGUACGAAACCAAGAAACCUGUGAUAGCUGCUGUGGAAGGCUUUGCAGUGGCUGGUGGGCUUGAGUUAGCCUUAUGGUGUGACCUUCGUGUUAUUGAAGAAACCGCUGUAAUGGGAGUCUUCUGCAGAAGGUUUGGUGUUCCUUUAAUUGAUGGUGGAACAGUCCGCUUGCCAGCCAUUGUUGGUCUUGGACGUGCUCUUGAUCUGAUCCUAACUGGCAGAGCAAUUAAAGGGAAAGAAGCUGCUGAGUGGGGUCUAGCCACUCGUCUAGUAGCAUGUGGUACAGCUAUAGGGCAAGCACUCAACCUGGCUCAGUCCUUGAUCAAGUUUCCACAAAAAUGCAUGCUGGUUGAUCGAGCUUCUACCUUCAAUGCAACAUUUAAUGCAAAAUCUCUGCAAGAAGCUCUACAGUUUGAACAUGAAAAUGGAAUACCAGUAGUUAUGGAGGAAUCUGUUGUAGGAGCACAAAAGUUUGUUGAUGGAAUUGGUCGACAUGGCAAAUUUCACCUGGAUCCCCCAUUCAUCCCAGAGAAAGCCAAGUUAUAAAAUGAUGAAAGCCUUUAAACAAAUUUGUUUGGGUUUUAUAUAGAUCAUGUAUUCUUUUUCUUAUUCUGUAAUAAAGCUAAAUUUUCAAAA